AUGCCAGCCCAGGUCUCUCUGCUGUUUGAAGUGGAGGACCUGUCUCAGGCAUCGCCGGCCACGGUGUCGCGCGCUGGCAUGAUCUACAUGAACACAGAGGACCUGGGGUGGCGCCCCAUCAUCACCAGCUGGCUCGAGCGCCGCGUCGCCGCGGCGGCCGCGAGCGGCGCUGCUGCUGCGGCGGUCCAGGAGGCGCGGGACCUGGCCGGCGUGGUGGGAAAGCUGGUGGAGCGCUAUAUGGAGGCGGCGCUGGAGUUCAAGCGGCUCAACUGCAGGGAUCUCGUCCCAGUGGACCGCCUCAGCAGCGUCCGCACGUUCACGCGCCUCUUCGACGCCCUCGCCACCCCCGACAACGGCGUCGCGCGCGAGGAGGGCGCGGACGCGUGGGGCGCGAUGGUGGAGAUGUGGUUCCUGUUCAGCCUCAUCUGGGGGCUGGGGGGCACGCUGGACCAGGACGGGCGCAAGCGGUUCGACUCCUUCAUGAGGGAGAUGGACACGCGCUACCCCUCUGGGGAGACCGUGUUUGAGUGCAGCGUGGACCCCCGCAACAAGGGCUGGCUGGCCUGGGAGGCGCGCCUGCCCCAGGGCGCGUUCAAGCCGCCGGCGGACGUGCCCGCCUACAGGCUGCUGGUCCCGACCGUUGACACCCAGCGCAACAAGUUCGUCGUAGGCGCCCUCGUGCGCGGCGGCCACCACGCCCUGGUGGUGGGCGGCGUCGGCGUCGGCAAGACGCUGACGCUGCAGAGCCUGCUGGAGGCGCUGCCGGCGGACAGGGCGCACUGUACCAUCAACUUCAGCGCGCAGACCAGCAGCGCGUCGCUCCAGGAAACCAUCGAGAGCAAGCUUGAGAAGCGCACCAAGGGCGUGUACGGCGCCCCCGGCGGCAAGCGUCUGGUGGCGUUCAUCGACGACCUCAACAUGCCGGCCAAGAGCCAGUUCGGGUUCAUGCCCCCCUUGGAGCUGCUCAAGCUGUGGGCCGACAACGGGUUCUGGUACGACCGCCAGCGCUGCGAGGCCAAGACCAUCAAAGACAUGCAGCUCCUGGCCGCGAUGGCGCCGCCCGGCGGCGGCCGCAACGCGUUCUCGCAGCGCGUCAUGGCGAUGUUCAGCACGGUCAACAUGACGCAGCCGAGCGACGGCCAGCUGAGGCGCAUCUUUGGGGCAAUACUGCACACCAAGCUGGCAGAUUUCAACGACGAGGUGCGGCCACUGGUGGAGCCGCUGGUGGCGGCCAGUGUCGAGCUGUACCGCUGCGUGGUGCGGGACAUGCUGCCCACGCCCUCCAAGAGCCACUACCUCUUCAACACGCGGGACCUCGCCAAGCUGGUGCUCGGGGUCAUGCAGGCCAGCAAAGCGUUCACCGACAACAAGGACGAGCUGCUGCAGCUCUGGUGCCACGAGGCGGAGCGUGUUGUGGGGGACCGGAUGUGGGACCCCCAGGACCGCCAGUGGCUGAGGAAGCAGCUGGACGAGCGCCUGGGCGCCAGCUUUGGCACCAGUACCUCCGUUUUGUUCGAGGCAACAGCUGGAGAGGUGCUGCCGUACGUGAGCUUCCUGCGAGCCGGCGCCGUAGAGACGCCGCCCUAUGAGCCAGUGCGCGACAUGGCUGCCCUGAAGUCCCUGCUGCAGGACAAGAUGGAGGAGGCGGCGCUGGAGCCAGGGGCGAGGCCUGCCGCCCUGUCCCUGUUCAAGGACGCACUCCUGCACAUCUGCCGCAUACACAGGAUCCUGAGCCAGCCGCACGGCAACGCGCUGCUGGUGGGCGUUGGUGGCAGCGGCCGCAAGAGCCUGGCGCGGCUGGCGGCCUACGUCGCAGAGAUGAGGUCUGAGUGGCGCGAGGACCUCAAGACGCUGUACCGCACCGCCGGCGUGGCGGGCAAGCGCACGGCGUUCCUGCUGGACGAGACCCAGAUCAAGUACGAGACCUUCCUGGAGGACGUUAACAACAUCCUGACCAGCGGGGAGGUGCCAAACCUGUUCCCAAAGGACGAGCUGGGUGGCGUGUUGGACGAGCUGCGGCCGGCAGCCAAGGCUGCGGGGGCAGGGGAGACGCAGGAUGCGCUGAUGGCGUUCCUGCUGGAGCGUGUCAGGGCCAACCUGCACGUUGUCCUCUGCCUGAGCCCCGUCGGCGAGGCCUUCCGCGAGCGCUGCCGCAUGUUCCCCGGCCUCGUCAACUGCACCGCCAUAGACUGGUUCUGCGAGUGGCCGGCGGACGCGCUGUACGAGGUCGCCGCGCGGCGCCUCGCCGACGACGCGGCCCUGCCCGCCAUCGCCGGCGCCGCUGCCGCGGAGGCCGUCCGCGCGGCGGCGUGCCGCGUGCUGGUCGCGGCGCACCAGAGCGUGGAGGAGGCCGCGCGGCGGAUGUGGGGCGCCCUCAGGAGGCGCGUGUACGUGACGCCCACGAACUAUCUGGAGUGCGUCCACAACUAUGCCACGCUGCUCGGGGAGAAGCGCGCUGAGCUGGCGGGCAAGGCCGGGAAGCUGCAGGGCGGGCUACUGAAGCUGGACGAGACGCGCACUCAGGUGUCUGCGAUGCAGGUGGUGGCCGCGGCCAAGGCUCAGGUCGUGGCGCAGGCCAAGGCCGAGUGCGAGGAGCUGCUGGUGGCCAUCGUGCAGGACAAGCGCGUGGCUGACGAGCAGGAGAAGGCGGUCAACGCUGAGGCCACCAAGAUCGGCCGCGAGGCCGAGGAGGCCAACGCCAUCGCACAGCAGGCGGGCAUGGCUCUGCGCGAGGCGGAGGAGGCGCUCAACGUUCUGACCAAGAAAGACAUCAGCGAGCUCAAGGCCUACUCCAAGCCGCCCGCCCUGGUUGAGCUGACGCUGGGCGGCGUGAUGACUGUGCUCAAGCGCCCCGCCACCUGGGAGGAGACCAAGAAGCAGCUGGGGGACGCGAACUUCAUGAUGAAGCUCCUGGCCUACGACAAGGACCAGCUGGACGACGCGCUCCUGAAGAAGAUUGGGAAGUUCACCGCGAACCCCGACUUCACGCCGGACGCGGUCGGCAAGGUUUCGCUGGCGGCGAAGGGCAUGUGCAUGUGGGUGUGCGCGAUGGAGACGUACGGGCGGGUCGCAAAGGAGGUGGGGCCCAAGCGGGCGCGGCUCAAGGCGGCGCAGGAGAACCUGGCCAAGAAGCAGGCGGCGCUGGCGGCAGCGCAGGAGCAGCUGGCGGCGGUCCUGGCCAAGGUCGCCAGCCUCAGGCAGCGAUACGAGGAGAGUAUGUCCUCCAAGGCCACCCUGGAGGCCGAGCUCUCAGACCUGGCCGGCAAGCUCUCGCGCGCGGAGAAGCUGGUGACCGGCCUGGCCGGCGAGCGCGCGCUGUGGCAGGCCAGCAUCGGCGGCCUGGAGGCGCGGCUGGCGGCGCUGCCCGGGGACGCGGCGGUGGCGGCCGCGUUCCUGUCCUAUGCGGGGCCCUUCCCCAGCGAGUUCAGGGACGAGCUGGCGCGCGCCACGUGGCUGCCGCAGGUACGCGCCCAGUCCCUCCCGGCCUCGGAGGCCUUUGAUUUCUGCGGCUUCCUGGCGGACCCCGCCACGGUGCGCGACUGGAACAUCUGGGGGCUGCCGGCGGACGCGUUCAGCACGGAGAACGGCGUCAUGGUGGCGCGCGGCCGGCGGUGGCCGCUGAUGAUUGACCCGCAGGGCCAGGCCGUGCGCUGGGUGCGCAACAUGGAGUCUGGCAGCGGCAUCAAGGUCGUCAGCGUCACCGCCGCCGACAUGAUGCGCCAGGUCGAGGCUGCCGUGCAGUUUGGCCGCCCUGUGCUGCUCGUUGACGUCAUGGAGGAGCUGGACCCGGCACUGGAGCCACUGCUGGGCAAGAGCUACAUCAGGCGCGUGGGGCGCGGCUCUCAGGUGCUGGUGAAGCUGGGCGACAAGGAGGUGGACGUGUCCCCCGACUUCCGCCUCUACAUCACCACGCGCCUGCCAAACCCCACCUACCCGCCGGAGGUCACGACCAAGGUGGCGCUGGUCAACUUUGCGGUGAAGCAGCAGGGGCUGGAGGGGCAGCUGCUGGCGGCUGUGGUGAAGCACGAGCGGCCCGACCUAGACGCUCAAAAGAACGAGCUCGUGGUCAAGGUCGCCGCCGGCAAGCGCACCCAGGCUGAGCUGGAGGACCGCGUCUUGGCGCUGCUCUCCUCCGCCACGGGCAGCCUCCUGGACAACGUCGCCCUCAUCGACGCCCUGGGCGCCUCCAAGGCCACCUGGGAGGAGGUCUCCGCCAGCCUCGCGGUCGCGGAGGACACGGGCCGAGAACUCGAGGCCGCGGCGGCCGCGUACCGGCCGUGCAGCGUGCGCGCGGCGGCGCUCUACUUCGUGCUCAACGACCUGGCGGCGGUGGACCCCAUGUACCAGUUCUCCCUGGACUCCUACAUGUCGCUGUUCGCGCUGAGCCUGAGGGCGUCCCCGGGGCCCGAGGAGCUGCAGGAGCGCAUCAAGGCGCUGAACGACCACCACACGUACGCGGUGUACCGCUACGCGGCGCGCGGCCUGUUCGAGCGCCACAAGCUGCUGCUGAGCCUGCAGAUGUGCGCGCGGAUACUGGCGCUGGCGGGGCAGGUCAACGCAGAGGAGUGGCAGUACCUGCUGCGCGGCGGGCAGGUCCUCGACCCCACCCAGCAGGCCCCCAACCCAGCCCCGGCCUGGAUCAGCGAGGAGGCUUGGGGCCACGUGUCGUCGCUCGACGCGCUGCCCGCGUUCAAGGGCCUCGCCCACAGCUUCGAGGCCGCCACCUCCACUUGGGAGGGCUGGUUCCGCAGCCCCGAGCCCGAAACUGCCGAGCUCCCUCGGGAGUGGGAGUCCCGCCUGGGCGAGCUGCAGCGCAUGCUCCUCGUCCGCUCCCUCCGCCCCGAUCGCGCGCUGUUCGCCGCGGCGGGCUUCGUCUCCAACGCUCUGGGGCGGCGCUUCGUUGAGCCGCCGGUCCUCGACCUGGGGGAGACGUUUGCGGACAGCUCCCCGGCGGCGCCGCUGGUGUUUGUCCUGUCGCCGGGGGUGGACCCGACGGAGGCGCUGCGGAAGCUGGCGGCCGAGAAGGGCAUGGGGGGGCGGUUCUUCAGCGUUGCACUGGGACAGGGGCAGGCCCCCAUCGCUCAACGGCUGAUUGUGGAGGGCGUAAAGUCGGGCCACUGGGUGUUCCUGGCCAACUGCCACCUCAUGACCAGCUGGCUGCCCACGCUGGCAAAGAUCGUUGAGGGGCUUGAGGGCGGUGCAGGCGCUGCAGCACCGCACGAGCGGUUCCGGUUGUGGCUGUCAUCCAGCCCAAGCGAAGCUUUCCCAAUCUCCAUUCUGCAGCGUGGCAUCAAGAUGACGACGGAGCCCCCGAAAGGCCUCCGGGCCAACCUGCAGCGCAUGUACCAGUCAAUCACUGAUGAGGGCUUCAAGGCGUGCAAGGCGGCGGCGCGCUACCAGCGGCUGCUGUUCGCCCUCGCCUUCUUCCACAGCGUGCUGCUGGAGCGGCGCAAGUUUAGGACGCUGGGGCUCAACGUGCCCUACGAUUUCAACGACACAGAUUUCUUUGUGUCGGAUGAUCUCCUUCGCAGCUACCUGGACAGCUACGCCUCCACCCCUUGGGCCGCCCUCAAGUACCUCAUAGCCGAGGCAAACUACGGCGGCCGCGUCACCGACGAGCUGGACAGGAGGGUGCUGGUCAGCUACAUGGACAAGUAUUACUGUGAGGAGGCUGUCGAGACUACCAACUUCCGGCUGUCCCCCCUGCCCACGUACUUCAUCCCUGAGCCCGGGUCCCUCCAGGGCUACCGCGAAUACAUCGCCACACUGCCAACCACAGACAGCCCCGAGGCUUUUGGCCAGCACCUCAACGCGGAGAUAUCCUACCUGAUAGAGGACUCGCGCGCCCUGCUGGACGGCCUGGGGGCCCUGCAGCCCCGCUCUGGCACGGCGGGUGGAGGUGGCGCGGGCGGGCUGCGCCGGGAGGAGGCGGUGGCAGCGAUAACAGCCGACCUGCUAGAUCAGAUCCCCGCGCCCUUCAACCUGGAGGAGGUGAUGCGCUCCAAGGCCGACGACCCCAGCGCCCUCCACGUGGUGCUCUUCCAGGAGAUCGAGCGCUACAACGCCCUCCUCGCGCGCGUGCGCCGCUCCUGCACCGACCUGCAGCAGGGCCUGAAGGGCCUCGUGGUGAUGAGCGCCGAGCUGGACGGCGUGGCGUCAGCGCUGUACAACGGCCGCGUGCCGAGCGCGUGGCUCAAGACGUACCCCUCCUUGAAGCCCCUCGGCGCGUGGGCGCGCGACCUGCUGGCGCGGGUCGAGCAGCUCGCGAAGUGGGCGGAGGGCUCGUACCCGCGCGUGUACUGGCUGGGCGGGUUCACGUAUCCGACGGGCUUCCUGACGGCGGUGCUACAGACGGCGGCGCGCCGCGCGGGCGUCCCAAUCGACGGGCUUUCAUUCGAGCACGGGGUGGUCAACUUGACAGAGCGCGACAUCCCGGGUCCCCCCAAGGAGGGGGUAUACGUCAAGGGCAUGUUCCUAGAAGGCGCUGGCUGGGACUUUGAGGCUGGCAGCCUGCGUGAGCCGAAUCCAAUGGAGCUCAUCGUGCCUAUGCCAGUGCUUCACUUCAAACCAGUCGAGAACAAGAAGAAGGCAGGCAAGGGCGUGUACGCAUGCCCCCUCUACAUGUACCCCAUCAGGACCGGCACAAGAGAGCGCCCUAGCUUCAUGACAAGCGUUGACCUGCGCGCUGGCGCGUCAGACCCAGACAAUUGGGUCAUGCGGGGCGCCGCGCUUCUGCUGGCGCUAGCAAACUGA